AUGUCUAUAAUCAGCAAAAGCCGCAACUCGAGUUCCCUCCCGCGUGAAUUCUGGCUAAUUGUCCUCAUAAUGUGGGUCGAACCCCUCUGUGCCACAGUCAUCUACCCUUUCAUCAACGCCUUCGUCCGCGAGAGCGGCAUCACCGGCGAGGAUAACGCCAAGACGGGAUACUUCGCCGGCAUAAUCGAAUCAAUGUUCUUCAUCGGCGAAGUCUCCUCCGUCAUCGUCUGGGCUCGCCUCUCAGACGCCUACGGCCGUCGUCCCACUCUCCUUCUCGGUCUCCUCGGCCUUUCGCUUUCUAUUCUCUCUUUUGGACUCUCGCCUCCGGUAAUCCCGUUCCUGAAGGCUUCAACGGGCGUUUUUGUGUGGAUGGUCGGUAGUAGGUUUCUACAGGGCGUGUUUAAUGGGAAUAUGAGUGGGAGUGCGAAGACGAUGUUGGGCGAGGUCGUCAUGGGCACCGGUUCACAUACGCAUGGGGAGGACGAGGAGGAUGAAGUGCAUAGGAAACAGACGGAGAAGAGAAAGGCGAGGGCGUUUGGCGCUAUCCCAAUGACCUGGACGGUUGGCGCUGCGAUCGGACCGUUGAUCGGAGGAUACUUCUCUCGUCCUGCUAAACACUGGCCCUCUGUCUUCGGUAACGACUUUUGGAUCAAGCAUCCGUAUUUCCUGCCUUGUGUGAUUAUGGGCGCCAUCACGUUCGUCAUAUUCAUGGGCAGUUUGUUCGGAUUGAGGGAGACAUCCGCGCUGGCAUCUUCGUCCAUCCACACCGAACCUCUGUCAGAAGAAGAAGACUGCAGCGACUCUAGCAGCGCAGAGACGACCUACUAUUCCCUUCCCUCAGCCGAUGAACGCACAGUCCUCAUCGACCACACUUCGUCUCCCUCGACCUACAGCUCCACCCUCGCUCCCCACCACGACAUGCCCAACACUCCGACCUAUUCUAGGGCUAAAUCUCUAUCGAGAGCGUCGUCAUUCAUCAAAUCUCCUUCCUCGCCUUCCCCUUCUCAUUCCCUUCCCGCUUCGCCCACAAAAGCACACCCUCAGCCUCAUUCAAAAGCACAAGCAAAAUCAUCACCCUCUCCGUCGAUUAAGACCGUCCUGUCGAACCGACCGCUGCUCAUCCUCCUGAUGAAUACCACAUCAUUGGGCUUCUUGGACCAGGCGCAUCAGAUCUUGUUUCCGCUUUUUGCGAGUACGAGCGUCAAGAAUGGAGGGUUGGGAUUUCAACCGCGGAAGAUAGGGGUGGUCAUUGGCGUGUUUGAGAUCAUGAACGUAGCAUUCGUCCUCCUCCUCUACCCCUUCGUCGUCUCACGCAUCGGACCCCGAAGCACCUACGUUCUCUUCAUGGCGCUCAUGAUCGGCGUAUGGCCUCUAUACAUUGUCAUUCGCGUGCUCGUGCGUUCGAGCGCGGGGGAUGUAGGACGCGGAAGCUUCGCGCUCGGAACGGAGAUGGGAGGAGAGGAAGAGGGUAUGAUUAGUGGGUGGGCGUGGGCGGCGAUUGUGUUGCAGUAUGUGUGCAAUGCUGCGGGGUUGACCUGCUAUGGCGCAAUGCAACUCCUCCUAACGACCUAUUCCCCACCCGAACACCUCGCCACGACCAACGCCCUCGCACAAAUGGCGCAUUCCACCGCCCGCGCCAUCGCGCCCGUCAUCGUCACCUCGCUCUUCUCGUUCUCACUGCAUCUGGAGAAGAAGUUCAUGGAGCAUGAGGAGCGAGGUUUGAGGAGCGAGCUUGGGGGGUCGAUGGUUUUUGGGGUUAUGGCGGUUGUGGCGGUGGGCACUUUGGGGCUUGCGGUGCGGAUUCCGAGGAGUUGAGGUGGGCCGGACAAUGGGGUUUGGGGGCUGUGGCGGUGGGAACUUUGGCGCCUGCAAUGAAUAUUCCGAGGGGUUGAGGUGGCGUGGCGUCGUGUGGCGUGCGCCGAUGCUUGUAAUAUU